CCCUUAAAUUCCUAAAAUUGAAGGGAAGCCGGGGAAAGACGACAGUGGGACCAACUAACCGUCAAAAUCCCAAGCCUUGCAAAAAUGCAACGAACGAUAGCUCUCAAAAAUCACCCAAACAACAAAGCCGACAUUGCUGCUUCUCUGCUAAAAACAUGUCCAUCCCUCUUUCAGCUCAAGCAAAUCCACGCCCACAUCUUCCGCUUUGAUCUCCACAGAAACGCUUCCUUAGCUUCCACUCUCGUUUCUCUCUAUGCCUCUCUCUACUCCCCUCUAUACUCCCGUCUCGUCUUCUCUUCUUUCUCUCACCCAAAUCUCUCUCUCUUCAACCACGCCAUUAGAGCUUUCUCCAAGAUUCCGUCGCUUUGUUCUGAAUCGCUGAAUUUGUAUGCCCAAAUGAUUCGUUUUGGGAUUAGACCAGACAAUUUUACAUACCCAUUUUUGCUUAACUCUUGUGCCGCUCUUAAUGAUCUUUGUCGUGGAACUGAAAUCCAUGGACACGUUGUGAAAACGGGUUUUGGUGUGUGUGUUCCUGUCUCGAAUGCUUUGAUUGAUAUGUAUGGUAAAUGUGGUGCGUUGGAGAAGGCACGUCGGCUGUUUGAUGAAUUGGGUGCAAAAGGAGAUGUUGUGUCCUAUAAUGCUCUUCUAGGGGCUCAUGCCAGAGUUGGGGAGGAUAUGGUAAAUGCCCAAGAAUUGUUUGAUGGGAUGCCGGUAAGAAAUGUGAUAUCCUGGAAUGCAAUGAUUUUGGGUUAUGUAAAUAGUGGAGAUCUAGGUUCGGCCCGUGCUAUUUUUGAUAGGAUGCCUCAGAGAAAUUCCGUUUCUUGGGCUGCGAUGUUGGUGGGUUAUACUAAAAAUGGGCUCAUUGAUGCGGCUAAAUCUCUCUUUGAUGAAAUGCCGGAAAAGAGUUUGGUUUGUUGGACAGCAAUGAUUUCUGGGUGUGCACAAAAUGGGAGACCAAGUGAAGCACUGGAACUUUUCCUGAGGAUGGAGAAAGCACAUGUAAGACCAGAUGCUUAUACUAUAACUGCAGUAAUAUCUGCAUCGGCACAAUUAGGCCGAGCAGAUAUUGCAAAUUGGAUUGCAUCUUAUGUGGAACAAGAAGGCAUUGAGCAGAAUGAUCUGGUAUUAACUGCCCUAGUAGAUAUGCAUGCAAAGUGCGGUAGCAUGGAAGAGGCAUGCAGCGUGUUUGACCGGAUCCACCAGCAGGAUGUCUUCUCGUAUAGUGCGCUAAUCACAGGUCUAGCUUCACAUGGUCAUGGGGUUAAAGCUCUGGAAAUAUUUCACAGAAUGCUAGCAGAAAAUGUAGAACCCGAUCAAAUCACAUUUGUUGGAGUACUGACUGCCUGUAGCCAUACAGGGCUCUUCGAAGAUGGAAUGAGAUAUUGGGAAAGCAUACUAAAAGAUCACAAGAUUGUGCCUGAUGCUAAUCUCUUCUCUUGCAUGGUUGAUAUGCUGGGACGUGCCGGGAAACUUAAUGAGGCUUACAAGUUAGUGGAAAGCAUGCCCAUGGGGCCACAACCUGGAGCGUUGGGUGCUUUGCUUGCAGCAUGCAGAACCUAUGGCAAUGUCGAGAUUGCGGAAAUUGUUGCUAAGCAACUCUUCAAAUUAGAACCUGAAAAUGCUGGGAAUUACAUGCUUCUUUCCAGUAUUUAUGCCUCAAUGGAAAGGUGGGACGAGGCCAAAAGGAUUCGGGAAGCAAUGAAGGAUAGAAUUAAAAUUAAGCUUCCUGGAUGCAGUUGGGUUGAGAUCAAUUGCUGUGAUCAUGGAAAUCAAGUGAGGAACUGAACAUUUAUGUAUUUAAAGCAAAACCCUGGUGAGCUAUCAUCAUUGGACUGAAAUAUAAGAAAUGCACACUUUCUGCUCUGAAUGACAAGUUUAACCCUCAGCUUUGACAAUUUAUGUAAAGACUGGAUUCAAGUCCUGAAACAACAUGGUUGAUCUCCUAUGAAAUUCCUUCAAAAAACUUCGUCUGCUAACAUGCUGAACAAUCAGCAAGUAGCUUCUCAAGAUAAUCACAGAUUCCAUGCCCCUGUUGACCCGCAUGACUUGAAGGCAGUCAACCGAUACAUUUGGCACUACAUGCUACAAGUUACCGAUAAUGUGUGGCAAUAAAACCUUUAUGUUUAAAAACUCUUGGUGGGUUAAGUUCUCUCCAAUUGUCCUUAAACUUCCAUUAAGAGAUGCAUUGGGUUCUGUUCUCGCUUAUACUAAUCUUUCUUUCACUGGUCCCUAGAAGGUAUGUUAACCCAGGAAGCAGGAAAGAUGGCAAGGAAAACUAUUUCCAUUGUUUCUGUGAGCUGACGACUUACAUGUUGUUAGGUCCAUCUGAGCUAGAUAAAAGCAAACGCAUCUGAUUUGUGGCUAGUUUGCUUGGAGUAUCAAGAAAACGUGGGUGACGCAUCCCAAGUAGUGACAUGCUCUCUUUUCUGAUGUUUACAGGCCUGUAUAAGAAAUCAUGGUUGCUACCGCAAGGAGAGAAGAGAACAAUGUUCAACAAGUGCCACACCUUUUCUAGUCUGGCUGUCUUUCCCUUCACCUGCCAAAAUGAUCAAGCAAGUCUAAUUUACUUCCUCAGCUUGUCAUGUGAAGCAGCGCAGGACAGAUAAGUUACCUUCAUGAAAAUCAUGCUUAGGAACACAAAGGGGCUACUCUACAACUAUUCUCUGCUUGAUGACUUCAGUUAUCUUUCGCCAUCAUCAAUCAUCAUCCAUGUAAAUCGUUAUUGGAAUAUCCAAUAUUACCCUAAAAAUAGUUGUUGACACUUGAUGUAGCUUUGGUAUCGCUACUAUUAUAUCGUGUAGGAUGAAACUCUUACAGCUCCGUCGUUUUUGGAUUUUAUCUGUAUCCAUAUAGGAGUUGUUGGUAUGUAACCACGAUAUUUCUGUCUUUUAAGUAAUGAAACUUCUUUUAAUAUUUAGCUA